CGGCGGAGUCCUCUCAUCAAAUCUCCUCUCGCAUAAUGGAAACUGAAUUAAAACAUCUGUGACACGCUUUCAGAAAGACCAAAGCUACGAUUUGUUACUAAACUGCUGGAACAAGGUCGUUUUUCUUUGGAUGGAUAAUUUUUCAAUCGAUGUUGAAUGAGCUGAAGUCAAGCUGGUUGUGAAGGUGCUGGACUUGUUCCCCCCUAAGCCCCAAGCCAGACACAGCAUGGCGGCAGGAGUAGCGGCAUGGCUUCCCUUUGCCAGGGCGGCAGCGAUCGGCUGGAUGCCUGUUGCCAAUUUGCCCAUGCCAGUCGCGCCCGCCGAGAAGAACAGGCGGCAGGAUGAGCUCAUCAUUCUGAAUGUCAGUGGACGCCGCUUUGAGACUUGGAAGAACACGCUGGACCGCUAUCCAGACACCCUUCUGGGGAGCUCGGAGAAGGAGUUCUUCUACAACGAGGAGACCAAAGAGUACUUCUUCGACCGGGACCCUGAUGUGUUUCGCAGCGUGCUCAACUUCUACCGCACAGGCAAGCUCCACUAUCCACGCUACGAGUGCAUAUGCUCCUAUGAUGAGGAGCUGGCUUUCUUUGGCAUCAUCUCAGAGAUCAUCGGUGACUGCUGCUACGAAGAGUACAAGGAUAGGAAGAGGGAGAAUGCAGAACGUCUCAUGGAUGACCAGGAGGACAAGAAGGACGCUAAACUGCCCAACAUGACCUUCAGGGAGACCAUGUGGAGGGCUUUUGAGAACCCCCACACCUCUACCAUGGCUCUGGUCUUCUACUACGUCACUGGCUUCUUCAUUGCUAUUUCCGUCAUUACCAACGUGGUAGAGACGGUGCCCUGCGGUACGGUGCCCAACCAAAAGGAAGUGCCGUGUGGUGAGCGCUACACUGUGGCCUUUUUCUGCAUGGACACGGCCUGCGUCAUGAUCUUUACCGUGGAGUACCUGAUGCGCUUGUUUGCUGCUCCGAGUCGCUACCGCUUCAUGAGGUCAGUCAUGAGCAUCAUCGAUGUGGUGGCCAUCUUGCCCUAUUACAUUGGCCUGGUGAUGACUGACAAUGAGGACGUGAGUGGUGCUUUCGUGACUCUCCGUGUUUUCCGCGUGUUCCGCAUCUUUAAGUUCUCCCGUCACUCGCAGGGCCUGCGCAUCCUGGGCUACACUUUGAAGAGCUGUGCCUCGGAGCUGGGCUUCCUGCUUUUCUCCCUCACUAUGGCGAUAAUUAUCUUUGCUACCGUCAUGUUCUACGCAGAGAAGGGUUCAAGCUCCAGCAAAUUCACCAGCAUCCCAGCCUCCUUCUGGUACACCAUCGUUACUAUGACAACACUCGGGUAA